AUUAGAUUCCUCAAUGAACCCGGAUGGAGCAGGACUUUCUCAUAGGUCACGUGAUUCGAUGUUUGUAGUUUUUUUUUUUACCGUAUGUCCGAGGCGGCUUUACGAUCAAUUCGUAACAUGGAUACACAGUAUGCCGAGCAAGCUUCAACGUAGAAAGAGCAAAUUCCUGCACUCCCAACACCGAGCCCUGUUGCAGAGAGGAUGUUCCCCGGCCUAGCCCACAGACCAUGGCAUGUCUUCUGCAGAGUGUCCCUGCAGCACAGGUCCUCCCUGUACCAGUGGUUCCCCCGAGGUCGGCAGAGUAGAAGCUUACAUGGCUCAUGGUUCAGCCUUCCCGACUCCCGUGUGGCAUCUUUGGGGCUGACCCAGGUGCAGUACUACUCUACCUCUGGUGAUAGUAAAGAUGGUCCUCCAAAAUCAGAGUCAGCUAAAGCCCCCCCAGCAGAGAAGGUGACAUCUGGUGCUGCAAAGGUCACCCCAACUUCAUCAGAGAAAGCACUCCAAGGGCUGAUGAAAGCUGAGACCAUUCAAGUCAAAGUUCGAGCUGUCCUCAAGAAAAGGGAGUAUGGAGCCAAAUACACUCAGAACAACUUUAUCACCGCUGUCAGAGCCAUGAACGAGUUCUGUCUCAAACCAAGUGAUCUGGAGCAGCUCCGAAAGAUCAGAAGGCGAAGCCCCCAUGACGACACAGAGGCUUUCACUGUGUUUUUGCGGUCAGACGUGGAGGCCAAAGCACUAGAUGUGUGGGGAAGCCAUGAAGCUCUUGCCCGAGAGAGGAAUCUCAGGAAAGAAGUGGAAAGAGAGUACGAAGAGAAUAUUUUUCGCAAUCAGCAGCUGUUGAAGGAAUACAAAGAUUUCUGGGGAAACACUAAGCCACGAUCCGGCAAGAGGGGAACAUUUCUACAAGGUCCAGGGAAGGUGGUCAUGGUGGCCAUCUGCAUCAAUGGUUUGAACUUCUUCUUCAAGCUUCUGGCUUGGGUCUACACUGGAUCAGCCAGCAUGUUCUCUGAGGCCAUCCACUCUCUGGCCGACACCUGCAACCAGGCUCUGCUCGCUAUAGGAAUCAGCCAGUCGGUCCGCAACCCGGACGCCGUUCACCCGUACGGGUUUUCAAAUAUGCGCUACAUCGCCUCCCUCAUCAGUGGAGUGGGCAUUUUUAUGAUGGGGGCAGGCCUCUCUUGGUACCAUGGCAUUAUGGGAUUACUGCACCCAGAACCAAUCGAGUCUUUGCUCUGGGCUUACUGUAUUUUGGCGGGCUCUCUGGUUUCUGAAGGAGCCACCUUACUAGUUGCCAUUAAUGAGAUAAAGAAGAGUGCCCAACAGCAUGGGAUGUCUUUUUAUGAAUAUGUCAUGCAGAGUCGAGACCCCAGCACAAAUGUGGUGCUGCUGGAAGAUGCCGCUGCCGUGUUGGGGGUCAUCAUGGCUGCUGGUUGUAUGGGUCUCACCUCACUCACAGGUAACCCGUACUAUGACAGUCUGGGCUCUCUUGGCGUGGGCACGUUGCUGGGCGCCGUUUCAGCGUUCCUAAUCUACACCAACACAGAGGCCCUGCUGGGACGCUCCAUACAGGCGGAGCAGGUGCAGAAGCUCACAGAGUUCCUGGAGAACGACCCGGCUGUAAGGGCCAUCCAUGAUGUAAAGGCCACAGAUAUGGGGCUGAGUAAAGUGCGCUUCAAGGCUGAGGUGGACUUCGAUGGCCGAGUGGUGACACGGUCUUAUCUGGAAAAACUAGACAUCGACCAAAUCCUUAACGACAUUCAGCAGGUGAAAACCCCUGAGGAGCUGGAGAACUUCAUGCUGAAACACGGCGAGAACAUUAUUGACACUUUAGGGGCUGAGGUGGAUCGCUUGGAGAAAGAGCUCAAGCAACGUAACCCAGAUGUUCGCCACGUAGACUUGGAGAUACUAUAGUGACUCAGAUUCAGCCAAGGAAGCAUCCUGCCGCACAAAGAACAUUAGAAGAAGGAAUAGACAAAGCCAAGCCCACCUCCACAGUCCUCCAGCCCCCCAGCUCUGACCAUCUCCACCACAAAUAAACCUGAAGUCUUACUCCAGAUCUGUCCCGAAGCAGAAACACGCCAUGUGUUUGAACAGUAAUUGUAGCAGAAAACAAGACUGUCAAACAUUUCAUUGAAUUUAAACAGAAAUCCUUCCAACCAAUCACUGUUUGCUUUGGCUUACAUUCCUCCGUGUUUGUUUCUGGAUUUUAACAAGGUCAAAACUCAGAACAGGACCAGUAUCAAUUACUAAGCUUGUACAUUAAUCUUACGUGUGAACCACAGUGGUAGUGUUUUCUUCACAAGGAAACCAGAGCUCUGCAUAUUUAAACAAACCUUAUUUAAAGGCUCAAUGUUAGACUAUUUUUUUCUUUCAAUAUACAACCUUUUUGAAGAUGGCUUAGUGCUGCUGGUUCUGUAAUAAGAAUGGUGGGAAGAUUUUAUUACUUAAAGAAAAAUAUGCAAAUUAAAUGGGUGUAAAGUUCCUCAUUUGAUUUCUAGUGGAAAUGAAAAAUGACUGUAUUGCUCCAAAGAUGAAGCCCUGAGUGGGGAGCGAAGCGUUCCAUCCCUUUCUCAUCUUUAUCAACAAAAAGCACAAAACAACUUUGUAAUGUCCAGGUUUUCAUCAAAUGCAAAAGGCUUCCUGAUAACAAUUCUUGCCGUUAGCCUGUAAAUUGUGUUUAUAUGGUAAAUUAUUAAGAAAAUGAAACCCUGUUUUAAUGCUGAUUAAUCUCUAAGCAUAGAUGUGCAAUUUUUUUUUUAUUCUGUGUCGGCACACAGCUGCAGCUCAGAAACAUCUGCCACAACUUGUGCUCUGCUUCAGGAGGUGGGCUGGAGUCAUAAGGCUCUGUUCAUGGACAAUGGGUUAAUGUAUAUUUUUGAAGGAGUCAGUAGGUAGAUAUUUUAGUGAUAUUGUUGCUGCUGAAGGACUUGGAAUAAAUUCAGAAUAAUUUAUUGAA